AUGUCUACCGUCCUUGGCGAAGGGCAGGGACCCUAUGUCUCAGGUCACUGUCUGGGCCCAUCCUCUAUUCCAGGAGUGUACGGAGGGUACUGCAAGUGUAGGAGCCUAUCUGGGCGGGGUCGACCAAUGGCUGAUGUCUCGGGUAGGAUCUCGCUAGAACGAUGAACAGAUACUAACCUAAGUCACUUUCAACUUCAAGACGCGACCCAGACCUUACCACAUUUUUCUGUUAGUUCCAUCCUAACCAUUGGGUAUAGCCAGUUCUCGAAAACCGAACCGAAUGAAAAAACGUCUAAUUGA